AUGUUGAGCGGCGGGAAACCGCAUGCCUCUUCUCGUACCCGGCAUGGCGAGCGUGCAGAAGAGGAAAUCGUAGUGCAUGAUGCCCAUGAACGAGCUACUUCCAUUCCAAUUUUAUUAUUCCUGUGCCUGCUGUGGUACACAAGCUCUGCACUCUCCUCGAACACUAGCAAGAGCCUAUUAUCCCGGCGGAAGGUCGUAGGAGAAGAUACCAAACUCCCGCCGUUGUUUCCGUACCCAGUCACACUAACAUUGGUGCAGUUUAUAUUUGUCAACGUGUUUUGCUACGUGGGUACGAGACGACACAUCCUGGGUGAUUGGGUGCUCGCCAAGCGCCUUGUGCCCAUCACUUGGCAACAAAUCCGCGAAAUUGUGCAAAUCAGUUUGUUCAACGUACUCGGGCACGCCUUGAGCUCGAUUGCCGUAAGCCACGUCGAAGUGAGUUUAGUGCAUACGAUCAAAGCACUGUCGCCCUUGUUCACAGUGCUUUCCUACGCCCUAUUCUUCGGGGUUCAAUACUCCUCACGAACCUACGUAUCGCUCCUCCCACUUAUAUCUGGUGUUGUUCUGGCGUGCACGUCCCUUUCCAAAAGCAAGCAUGAUGAUAUGGUCGGAUUCGUCUCGGCCUUGGGUAGUACGCUGAUCGUUGUCGCGCAAAAUAUCUACUCGAAAAAGCUGCUCAAACCAGCUGUAAGCGCAGCAACCAAUGCACCAGAAAAGCUGGACAAAGUGAAUAUUCUGUUUUACUCUAGCGCCUGCUCGGUGGCUAUCAUGCUACCGAUGUCCCUGUUUUACGACGCGGGCCACAUGGUCGCAGCAACAUCGCCGAACGUGGGCAUCUAUACGAUAUACCUCCUAAUCCUCAACGGGAUCGUUCAUUUCGCACAGAACCUUCUUGCAUUCCAGGUCUUGGCUCAUGUCUCCCCGGUUACAUACAGUGUCGCAAACCUGUUCAAGCGUGUGUUUGUGAUUCUCGUGGCCAUUGCCUGGUUUGGCCAAUCUGUCUCCUUCUUACAGUGGAUUGGCAUUGCGCUGACCUUCGUCGGCUUGUACAUGUACAAUAAUGCAAAGAACGAUAAAAUGGGCGCCAAAGCACAGUCUGUGCCAUCGGAGCCAGACGUACUGCCGAUGCAUCGCCGUCCUACAGGGCGUCAUACUCUACUCACAUUCCAUCAUGAUGAUACCAAUCCAGCUAUACGAAGCGAUCCGCAGGUUCACCCUGGCCCCGUGGAUAUCAAACUGCGUAUGGCUACCCCCCUAUUUAGCCUGCCCCCUCAGUAG